AUGCAGCACUCGACGUCGCUCGCGCUGCGUGUGCCGGGCGAGGGAGAGGAUGCCGAGGGACGCUCACGCGCGUUUCAUUUUCCGUACCCGGUCGCAUAUGAUAUCCAGCUGCAGCUCAUGGAGGAGCUCUUUCGCGCGAUCGAAGAGGGGCGCGCAGGCGUCUUUGAAAGCCCCACCGGCACCGGUAAAACGCUGAGCCUCUUGUGCAGCGCGUUUACAUGGAUGGCACUCCAUCGCAAGCGCGCUCAAGUCGGCGUCGUGGAAAAGGGGGUCGACGACCAAGACACGGAGCCGGACUGGGUCGUCGCGCACGACCAGGCCAAGCAGCGCGAGGCGCUCGAGGCACGCCACGCCGAGUUUCGCGAAAAGCUCCGUGCGAUCCGGCAGCGGGCCAAGGACGAGAAACGGCCCGAGGGGCGCACGGACAAGAAGCGACAGCGGCUCGACACCGACGGCGACGAGUCCGACUCGGACUUUCUCGUGGGCGACUAUGACGAGCAGAAACGGACCACGAAGGACGCGGCUCCGCAGGUCCCUUUCGUCUCGGACGAGGUGCGUGCCAUGAUGGCCGCGUUCGAGACGAGCGUGGAAAAGGACACGGCACCGGACGAAGAGCCGGCGACGACGCCAAAGGUGUACUACGCGAGCCGCACACACAGCCAGCUCUCGCAGCUGAUCCACGAGCUGAAACGCACGGCGUUUGGGCAGGGCGCCGCCGACGACCCCGUGCGCACCGUCGCGCUCGGCAGCAGGAAGCAAAUGUGCAUCAAUGCCGAUGUCCAGCGCGUCGGUGCCACGUUUGGCACCGAGGCUAUGAACGAGCGGUGCCUGGAGCUGAUGGAGUCGGGCAAGUCCAAGAAGCGGUGUGCGUACCUUCCCGCACAGGACGCGGCCGGCGAGGCCAAAAUGAAUGCAUUCCGCGACCACGCCUUGGCGGACGUGCGCGAUAUCGAGGACCUCGUACAGCUCGGCAAGGCGAUGCAUACGUGCCCGUACUUUGGCGCACGCAAGAGCCUUGCACAGGCCGAGCUCGUGACGUUGCCAUACAACCUCUUGCUCCAGCAGGACGCGCGCGACGCGCUCGCGCUCGACCUCGACGACGCGGUGGUCAUCAUCGACGAGGCGCACAACCUCAUCGACACGAUUCUCGCGACCUACUCGAUCGAACUGUCGCAGGCGCACAUUGAACAGGCUGCUUUUCAGGUCAAUGCGUACCUGUCGCGCUUCUCGAUGCGCCUCAAAGGCUCGAACGAGGAGCACCUGCGCACGCUCCAGGUCCUCCUUGCGGCGCUGCAGGCGUUCUGUGCGUCGCGCUCGCCCGGCAGCGAGACGCUGACCACCGCGCAGCUCGUGUCCAAGCUGGGAGGAACGGUCGACCAAAUCAAUUUCCUGCGCCUCGAGCAUUGGCUGAAAGACACGCGAAUCGCACGCAAGAUUAGCGGCUAUGCAGACAAGCUCUGGCUGCGUGAGCAUGCCGGCGAGGCGCCGUCGCGGCACAGCAAGAUCCAUGCGAUGCAUCUCGUCGAGAGCUUUCUCCUGGCUCUCGGCGACCGUGCGCGCAACGGAAAAGUUCUCGUGCACGCACGGCGCGAGGGCGAGGCGGUGCGUGUGCACCUCAAGUACGUCCUGCUGAACCCUGCCGAUGCAUUCCAGCCGCUGCUCGAUGCCGCGCGCUGCGUCGUGCUGGCCGGAGGCACGAUGGAGCCCAUCUCCGAGUUCCAGCGCCAGCUCUUUGGCCAAAUACCCCCGGAGCGCUUCGUAAAGCACUCGUGCGGGCACAUUGUGCCGAAAGAAAAUAUCCUCGGCGCGAUCGUGCACGCCGGCCCCAAAGGCCUCCCGUUCGAGUUUACGCACGGGGCAUGGGAGAAUACGGCGCUGCUCGACGAGCUCGGUAACGCGCUCAGCAACUACAGCAACAUUAUUCCCCACGGCAUGGUCGUCUUCUUUCCAUCCUACGGCAGCCUCAACAGCACGUUUGCCCACUGGAAAAAGACGGGCAUCCUCGAACGCAUCGGCAAGCGAAAGCGCGUGUUUCAGGAGCCGACGCAUGCCCAGGACGUCGACCGCGUCCUGCAGGGCUACGCGGCGGCGAUUGCCUCGCCCAGUCCGGACUCUCCCAAAGGUGCGAUCCUCUUUGCUGUGGUCAACGCCAAACUUUCUGAAGGUAUCAAUUUCCAGGACGACCUCGCGCGCUGCGUCGUGAUGAUCGGCCUCCCCUUCCCCAACGCCAAAAGCCCCGAACUGGUGGAGCGAAUGGAGUACAUGCGCAAACUCGAUACCCGCGCCAAGCCCGACCUGGGCCGCGAACUAUACCUCAACCUGUGCAUGCGCGCCGUGAACCAGUCGAUGGGCCGCGCGAUCCGCCAUCGCGCCGACUAUUCCACGUUCCUCCUGCUGGACCGCCGCUUUGCGCGCAGCGAGAUUGCGUCGCGCAUGCCCAAGUGGAUUGCCGGCCAAACCAGCUCCCACGAGCGCUUCGGUAGCAGCAUCAGUGCGCUUGCAGGCUUCUACCGUUCAAAGCGAAACUAA